AUGACCAUGUCUGAGCCCUCCGAUGACGGCCAAUUGGUCUCCAUCACCAAAUCACCAGGAUGGAAUUGCCUGCUAACACUCGGCGCCUGUGUGUCGGGAAGACUUGGGCGAUUCUCACGACUCGGGAAGCCUCAUGACAGACCAAAGAAGCGCGGAAACGAUGCCGCCUUGAUCGAGAUGGACCUGGAUCCUAUUCUCAGAACAACCCCUCGUGUGGUCGAUGUGACAAAAGAGGCUUUCGACGAGAUGGAUCGCACAGCACUGAAUCUCCUUCGCUCGCUAAACACCAUGGCCAACCUACAUCUCAUCACGGGCGAGAGUGAGACUGCUUCGACCAACCCGAAUGGGGAGCCAGAAACGCUCAGUAGCGAGGAAAACCAGUUGGUGGUACUGAGAGCCAGUGUGGACAAAGUUGUCACGUUGGGUGUUGACUUUGAACGGCUCCAUAAGCUGAUGAGCUUUCUCGUCUCACUAUCCACCUUCAACGACCAACGGCAGUUUAGCAUCGCAACUGGGCCACAUCCUCUAUUCGUCCUGCCCCCAGGAGAUACUGGAGACUUGGCCAUAGGCCGUUUGAGGAGAUGGAAUGAAAUCUUGAAAACGCUGUCCGGCAGGGCUCAGUCACGGGAGGAUUGCUCGUUUGUUUCACCAGAGCCAACGACAGAGCAGCUGGGAUGUGGGCUAUUGAAUGAGCGCUGGGGAGAGCGCGUGACCGGUGUUGUCGAGCCUAUCCUCAAAGAGUUUCGACAACUGAGCUGUGUCAAGGACACAACACAUGAGAUCCGAUUACACAUAUCAGAGGACCUGUACACUGGUCGCCCAGGCUGUCAGCAUAACCUGGACAUGUUCAUGUCCUGCUGUCCUGGAGGCAACCUCAUAUGGCAAAAAGCUCAAUGCGGCGAUUUUCCCGUCCGCGGUGUGGCCAAGGAGUGCAUCUGUGACAGCAUCAGCCGAGCAAUGCGCGGCAGGAGGAUGCUCUAUAUUCUGGUUGACUGCGAAGGGCUGUUUGACGUGACUGAAAGCCUGCCCGCCGUCCAUCUACCCUGUGAUAGCUUCGAUGGGGCAUCGCUCAGCGAGCUGCUCAGGCAAGAUGUUUUCAAACCGAUCGAUGUCCAGGCAUACCUUGACAAGACAGCAGAAUCAAAGUUCGAUUCGGCAACAAAAGCCCAGGUGGCCCUUGGGCUUUCGCGAUGCCUCAUGGACUUCUUUGACAAGGGACUUGAGCUGGCCUCCCACAGCUGGAUCGCUGAUAACGUCCACUUUCGGGAGUUGUCUGCUAAUACCAAGGGCGGGAAGCGACGUCUCCUGUAUGUUUCGCUUCGGCCAAGCCUUGACCUUGAUGUCGCGUCGGAUAUGGCCAAGAUGUUCAACAGCGGAAACCCAGUGGUGCUUUCAUUUGCAAAGCUCCUUUUGGAAGUUCUAGACGGCAAAGCCAUAAACAUCUCGAUAAAGCCACACGACGACGACAAUAUCUUGAGCUGGUCUGAGCUGGGGGAUGUCGUUGAGAGGAUGCUUCGCGACCGGGGUGGGGACCCAUUUGCCUCCCAGUAUUUAGAGGUUGUGGAAGGCUGCCUGGGUCUCUGGGCAACUUUACGAAGCUUUGACAACCGUACAGAUCUUUCAGCCACUAGUCGGUUCGUUAGGAAGGUGAUAUACGAAAGGGUGGUUCACAAACUCCAGCUAAUUGCCAAUUUUGAGCAAACAAAGCGAAACGGAUCAAGUCUCAAUGCGAGCCACGAGCGACGAAAACGGAAGACCAAGGAUCCUAUGUUUGACCAGUCGCCUGCCAAGAAACUGUCAUUUGUCCCCCAGAAUCCAGCUGGGCCAACACCCCUGAGUUUGGUUAACGGUCAUAAGCUAGGUGUAUCACCUGAUGAAGCGGUCGCGGCGACUGAGGAGGAGCAGUUCACAGACCCCGCGGAAGAUGACUCAGGUGGAUAUGGUCGUUCAUCUCUUUACGAUGAUCAAGGAGAAACAAGUCAGUCGGAUCGAAUAGCAGCAAAAGGCUACUUGAGCGACCUUGCCGAGAGCACCAAGAGGUAUAUCAAACCUCUUACUCAGGACACGCCCAGCGAGAGACCGAUCAAGCUGGCCAUCAUCGACAGUGGGAUUGACCUAGAUAAUCCUCGGAUCCGUGCCCGAAAACACCAGAUCGGAGACACAAGGAACUGGACAACCGAUCAACCUAAUGAGUGUGAUGAUGGCUGUGGCCACGGAACCCAUGUUACCCGACUGAUAUUAGAAGUUGCACCAGCUGUCGAGGUUUACGUUGCCAAAGUGUCACAGAGAAAGAAGUUUGACUCGAAGGUCUCUGGUCAGAUUGCACAGGCUAUCGAGUGGGCAACUAGCGUAUGGAAGGUCGACAUCAUCUCGUUAUCGAUCGGAAUGGACGGCGAGGAUGACACAAUCAAAAAGGCCCUUGACAAAGUACUGGACCCACCGCGCGAUAGUCCAAAGAAGGUGGUAGUGAUGGCGGCAGCAUCCAACUGGGGCGACUUUGCCGUGCUCGGAAUGUCAAUCAAGUCUAGCUCCAAGGGAAAAGAUAAGAAGAGGAUGGAAGAGUAUAUCUCAGGGACUUCAUACGCUACGGCUAUCGGUUCAGGGAUCGCGGCCAACGUUCUCGACUUUGCGAGGCGAGAUCCGAAGCUGUGGGAUGACGAGAAGGGGUGGUUAUAUGCGUCUUGGGGAAUGUCGCGCGUGUUUAGGAGGAUGAGCGAGGAGAGACGAGGUUACCGGUAUGUGACCCCCUGGAGGUUGUUUGAUGGGCGACCAGAGGAAGAGGUCUGGCGAGAUAUACGGGGUGCUCUUAAGGCGUCGAUAUGA